AUGCCUCAAUACCCAAAUGCCAUCACACCUUGUGAAGUGCACAGGCCAGCUGAUAAGCCGUUAUCGCCUUUCCCACGCGUGCUUCUUUCGCGUCUCCCGUUCACAGCACUUCUUCAUUUUGGAAUCACCGAUUUGCUCACAAUGGUCCAAGCCGAAUCCUCUUCAACUGCUUCUCGUCAUGGCGCCAAGGCAAAUACUUCUGGCGCCCUGGUGGACUAUGAACUCCCCUGGGUUGAGAAAUAUCGCCCAACUUUCCUUGAUGAUAUUGUCGGCAACACUGAAACAGUGGAACGGUUAAAGAUCAUUGCCAAAGAUGGUAAUAUGCCACACGUUAUCAUCUCCGGCAUGCCGGGCAUUGGAAAGACCACCUCAGUACUAUGUCUGGCACGGCAAUUGCUGGGAGAUGCAUACAAGGAGGCAGUUCUGGAGCUGAAUGCAAGUGACGAGAGAGGUAUCGAUGUGGUGCGGAACCGGAUCAAAGGUUUUGCCCAAAAGAAAGUUACCCUGCCCCAGGGACGCCAUAAAUUGGUCAUCCUUGAUGAAGCCGAUAGCAUGACCGCCGGUGCCCAACAAGCCCUGCGACGUACUAUGGAAAUCUAUUCCUCCACCACACGAUUUGCCUUUGCCUGUAACCAGUCGAACAAGAUCAUCGAACCCCUUCAAUCCCGUUGCGCCAUUCUCCGGUAUGCCCGGUUGACAGAUGCUCAGGUUGUGAAACGGUUGAUGCAGAUUUGCGAGGCGGAGAAGGUCCAGCACUCCGAGGAUGGCAUUGCUGCACUUGUUUUCAGUGCAGAGGGUGACAUGCGUCAGGCUAUCAACAACCUGCAGAGUACUUGGUCCGGUUUCGGGUUCGUCAGCGGAGACAAUGUCUUCCGAGUAGUCGACAGCCCGCACCCGGUCAAAGUCCAGGCCAUGAUCAAAGCUUGUUGGGAAGGCAAGGUGGAUGUGGCACUGGAGGGGUUGAACGAGCUAUGGACCCUAGGUUACUCUGCUCACGAUAUCAUCAGUACCAUGUUCCGAGUCACCAAGACUAUCCCCACAUUAUCCGAACAUUCCAAGUUGGAGUUUAUUCGGGAGAUUGGAUUCACGCAUAUGCGUAUCCUAGAUGGUGUGCAGUCAGUGCUUCAACUGAGCGGCUGUGUGGCGAAGCUUUGCAAAAUUAACAUGAAACCCGAUCUGUUCGAGCCUCCCAAGGCUUGA